AUGGAUUCCCCUCCCGGCUCCUUCCCCGCCCCGAUCAAAGUUCGGGGCUCGCUCGGGACGUGGCGCCCUCGCCGGGAUGGAGCGAACUUUGGGGUUCCGCCGCUGGAGGUGCUGAGCGUCGUGCAGUGGAUGCUGACCUUCCUCUUCCUCGGGCCGGGCUCGGUGCUGGCGCUGCUGCUGCUGCUGAGGACGCGGCUCUGGAUCGUCCCCGUCACCUACGCGGGGUGGUGGCUCUGGGACUGGCACGGGCCCGAGAGAGGGCCCCGGCACUGGGACUGGCUGCGGAAUUGGCGCAUCUGGGACCAUUUCUGUGACUACUUCCCCAUCACGGUGAUCCGGGAGUGUCCCCUCCCCCCCGGGCGCAGUUACAUCCUCCCCGCUCACCCCCACGGCAUUUCCUGCAUCGGCGUCUUCGGGGCCUUCGUCACCGGCGGCUGCGGGGCUUGGGGUGACCCCAACCCCUCGGGGGGUCCCUGCCCGGGGCUGCGCCCCAACCUCGCUGCCCUGGAGGGGCUGUUCCGGCUGCCCCUGUACCGGGAGUACGCCAUGGCCGCCG